AAUCGUAAUCAAUUAACCCGGGAAAUCAUCGAAGCAGAAUUGAUUGACAGGUGUGGUGACACCUGUGAGUCAAAACCGUUCAUCGCACUUCCCCGCAAGGAGCUAUCCUUCUUGCGUAGAGAUGGGUAUUUUCUGCGGGUGGCGCACACGUGAUGUGUCACAGAUUCUGCUACAUGUGUGGUCAUUUGCUUCAAUGUAAAACAAUGUUGUAAGUCUACGCUCGUGUGCCUCAGCCUCUUCUUUGUCCUCGUCUUGUGCGCAAAAGGUUGCACUCAUGUCUUACCAACAUGCUCAAACAGACACCUUAAUGUCUCGCAGUAUCAACAGCAAAGAAACAAAAAGAAAUGCGUAGUGAUGUUCGGCUGUGGUUCAACUGAUAAAUAUACCAUUGCAAAAUAUAACACCUUAGUAUAAGCAUGGUCAUAAAGAAUUACACAGGAACUGCCUAAAGAAAAGCACAACGAGCCAUCAAUUAUCGCCAACUUACGAGGGUGAAAUCUAAAUACGGAACGGCGUCUUCAUCGAGUUUUGAACUUCGCACCUCGUCGUGGCGCGGCAUAGCAUGUGAUCCCAGAGGCUGUUUGCGACGCAAUCGUGUGUUCUCUUUCCCAAAGACGACGAUUGUACGUAUUGCAAAAAAAAAAAAAAAAGUCAGAUAAGGCUUACGUUUCUCCUGCUGGUGCUCCCGAGGUCAGCGGAAGCUAAAGAAUCGCAGGCGGCAACCGUUUGUUUCCCCCUCUCUCUUUCUUUUUAUCGGAAUUUCUGCAUCAGAACGGCAAGUUGGUCAGCUAACAUCAUCCUAAUCAGCGUCUUUGUUACCGUUUAUUUCACGUCAUUUUAUUUCGACCCGUUUGGCGCAUUUGAACAUUGCCUUCGUCGCGAUAGCAAGCGAUGUAGCCUGCACCGAUGUCGGGCCUUUCUUUGACCCAUGUUGCCGUUUUGCCAUACGUCGGUGCGUGUGGUUGCGUUCAAGAGUGCUCACAUGAUUUCGUGAAUAUCUUUGGCUUCUGGCGUCAAGCUGCAAUUAACGUCGCUUUUUCGAAUGGACCACGGAGUCACCGAAAGAAUGCUGGCUGCUCAUUUUUGUAGGAUAUUCCCGUGGCUCGUGGUUAGAACAACGCUGGAACGGAUAGCUGGGUCAAGCUACGUUUCCCCUCAGACGAGAGGACUUCCCCGUCGCUCAUGGUUCGAAGAACAACGGGGGGACGAACAGCCGGGCCAAGUUACGCUUCCCAAGAACAAGUUACGAGCCAGCCAAUGUGCAGGUAGUCGCCGCGAGUCGACGCACCUGCGUGGACGCGUGGGGCGUGGUGUUCCAGGCACGGUCUCGGGCCUCCACUCCCCAUCGAGGGCGCUCUCCUGGCCGGUCAAUGACGCUGACAACAUCUACGAAAAUAUCUGGGGGCGCGUGAGAGCAGCCAUGGUGCGACACCCGAUUUAUUCAGCGACUUGUGGACGAGUUGUUGGUAGCUGUUUGCCAAGAGUGGGAGCAUCUUAGAGCAAGUAGCCUUGUGCUUGCCCUGUAUUCUUCAAUACUGUCUGAAAUGGCAGCAGUUGUUGCUGAGAAAGGAGAUAUGACAAAAUACUAAAGGAAAUCAAGCAGCGAAUAAUUGCAAUUUACAUCUGUCGCUUCUCAGUGUUCCAGCAUUUCUUGAAAAGCGCACAAAAUAAAAGUUUGGAUGUUUGCGUUU